UGACCCUCCCUCCCUCCCUCAGCGCCGCCUAGUCAGCCGAGCCACUCAAGCGGACGAGGGAAGGGAAAGGUGCCGACAGGAGCGGGCGAUGGAGCCGCGGGCCUGCGCUGGUGGCGGCCGUGGCGAGGAGCACGGCGGGCCGUGAAAGCCGCGGAGGGGGAGGAGGAGGAGGCGGCCGGCGGAGGAAAUGGCCACCACCCAGGCCCCGCACGGCUCCGAGGCGGGGGAGGCCGAGCGGCUCUCGGGGGGCGACGAGGAUGAAGGCACCGCCGGGCUCCUCAGCGGCUGCGUGCCCCUCUCCCACCAGGUGGCCGGGCACAUGUACGGCAAGGACAAGGGCGGAAUAUUGCAGCAUCCAGAUGGCACAGUCCUCAAACAAUUGCAGCCUCCACCUCGAGGGCCCAGAGAACUAGAAUUUUAUAAUAAGGUGUAUGCUCCUACCUGUGGAGAUUCUGUGUUUCUGGAACUCCGAAAAUUUUUGCCAAAAUAUUAUGGAACCUGGUCACCACCUACUGCACCCAAUGACCUGUACCUGAAACUGGAAGAUGUGACACACAGGUUUAAAAGGCCAUGUAUAAUGGAUGUAAAAAUAGGUCAGAAAAGCUAUGAUCCAUAUGCCUCAGCUGAGAAGAUUAAGCAACAGGUCAGCAAGUAUCCACUAAUGGAAGAGAUUGGGUUCUUGGUGCUUGGCAUGAGGGUAUACCACGUCCAUUCUGACAGCUAUGAGACACAGAAUCAGCAUUACGGAAGAGGCUUAACAAAAGAGACAAUAAAAGAUGGUGUGGCUCGUUUUUUCUAUAAUGGAUAUGUCCUGAGAAAAGAUGCGAUAGCUGCCAGUAUUCAGAAGAUUAGAGAAAUCUUGCAGUGGUUUGAGAGCCAGAAGCAGCUUAAUUUUUAUGCAAGUUCCUUACUCUUUGUCUAUGAUGGCUUGUCUUCAGUGACAACUACAUGGCUAAGUGCUGGCACUCUGGUCGAAAAGAGAAGAGCCUCCAAUGGGCAAGUCCCAAGCGGUAACACACUGGAAUAUAACAACAACAUCCAUGUAAUCAAGAAUGCAGAAAAUGGGAAGGUAGAGACCUCUGUGGGCAAAGGCUUCUCUAAAAUGUAUGCACUUCGGAAAAGGCACCAGAGUCAAAUUUCGCUAAAAGUUGAAACUUUGGAACGAGACAAUACAUGGAAGAGCAGUGCUUGCUUUUCACAGAAACAUCUGAAUGGAAAUGUUAUACCUCAGCUGGAAAAGGUUUUCUGCCACAUGCCCACUACGCUGCCAGAAAGUGCAGAAGUAGAAAUCAGGAUGAUAGAUUUUGCGCACGUUUUCCCUAGCAAUGCACGAGAUGAGGGCUACAUUCAUGGUCUGAAGAACUUAAUUACCGUCCUUCAAAAUAUUUUGGAUCCCUAAAGUUUUUUUGUGAGUAUUUCUAUUGGGGCCAAUUACAAUGAAAAGCAACAACAUUUCUGCACUUGUGAUCCUGUUAUAUGUUGGUUUGUAUUGUACUACAUUUUACGUGUCUUUGUAUUUUUGGUAGAGUGAUCCAGUAUUUUAUAAUCUUACUCAGGAAAACUAUUCUGUAGUUUAGUAAAAAUCAAAGAGAAAAGCUAAUGAGAUUAACUGGCAGUUGUAGGGAUUUACACUCAAGUAACUGAAGUUUACCUGAAAUUGGGGGAAUUUAUCAGGUAAAACCAUUGGGUUUUCUUAUAUCCUAAAAUGUUUUCCCUUAAUCAGAGUCUGUUUAUGUAGCCAGAACACUGAGCCAUAUCUCUAACAGGUUGUUGGAAGAAUACUAGGGUAUUAUCCUUGCGUGUUUACUACAUCUUUAAAACUGGAGUUAAUUGUAUUUCUGAGGGAUAAGUCCUUAAAAUCUAUAUUUCAAUUGAAUCAGCCUUUAAAAAAACCAAGAUGCAGCCAUACUGCUACAUUGUUAAUGUUGAUUAGAGAUGUUCAUUUUCCAUUACUAAAUGUCAAGUAUAUUCUUGCAGUAAAAUACAUUGGUGCUAUUUAUUUUUUCCCUCAAAAAAGGUAAAAUAGGUUAUCAGCUCUGUAAGAAAAAGGCUUGUGUCUCAGAGGGUCCUCUUCAGUCUAUUAUAUUAAGCUUUCAACACUGUUGAAAAGCAGUAGAAGUAGAUACACGAAUGAGUUCAGAGUAUGUAAAGCCAUUUGUUAAAAGUAAGACAGUACUGUGGCCAUUUUUUGGUGUGUCGUGUAGGGUUGAAUCCAGACUUGUCUCUCCAAAACAUGGAAAUAGUCCCUCAGUUUUCAGAGAGUGCCAUGAUCCAGCAGAUCUUUCCCCUUGUAGCACAAGAGAUUAUAUUAGAAACUGGGUAGAGGGGAUAAUUGAUGAUAUUGCUGGCCCACUCCCUUUCUCUAGCACCAGUAGAACUUCACUGCAUGUGAAGCUGGAUUCAACCCAAAGUGAAUAGAUGGAAGUGAUAUUUCUAAUGAAUAAUCUCUCAUGCCAUUGUUAUAAUUUAUUCAAGAGUAGGCAAUUGGAGAGAAUAUUUAAGGAGAUGGGUGAUUUUUAUUUUUUUUGCAUCUUGCCUCUGCUGUUGGAUUCAUCCAAUAUUUCUACUAAAUUGCUCAUGUGGAAAAAUGGCCACAGUGUUAUCACAUUUUUGUAGGUGGAUUUUAAAUUUUCCAAGACCUCAUGAGGCUGCAAUUGGGGCUACUUGAGGCAUAACGCUAAACUGUGAUGGGGACAAGUGGGUGCAAGCUUUUGAAUUUUUUUUAAAAAAAAUACAUUUCACUUUACUCUUUUGCAUGAGACAAGAGGAAGAGUAAAGUGUCUGUUCAUGGUUUGUGAACAGAACUCCAUUAUGUCCAAAUACAGGAAACAGUUUUUCAGUCCUACUGAGUUCUUUAAAAUUUCAGCUUAUCUUUCUUUGAAGAAACUCGAAACAGGAAAUUACAGAUUCUAACAAACCACAACUUCUAUUUUUAAAUAUUUUGAACUUGUUUAUGAAAAGGCGUCAAUAAUAAGCAUAAGGCUUGUGGCUCCAUGCCAUCAUAGCAUGCCAGGCUUUAGUCUUGGACAAAUGUUGAAAUAACGUUAGGAGACUUCAUUAAAUUUUCUGACAGUAUGUGAAGACAUAUGGGAGGAAAGUUACUAAGGAGAUUGGGCUAAGAGCGGGGAGGCUCGCUGUGAUGCAAUGUCUUGAAUCAACCUUGAUGGACGAGUUGCAAAAUGUUGUGAAAUAUCAGUUUCUGGUUUCAGGGAGAACAAGUUGAUUGAAUUCAAACUUGUAAAAACUGGAGGCAAAAUGUCAUUGAGUAGGCAAAAUGAAUAAGCAGACUGUAUUGCAACAGAAUUGCUCAGUUAGACUUGUUUCCUGCAUUUUAUUUCCUUCUCUGUUUAAAGGCAAACCUCUUAGAAUUACGUAUUAAUUUCAGAGUUUCUCCAGUACUUGCACCAUAUAUUGUGUCUUAUGUUGCAUGUUAAUUGGGCAAAAGACACUAUCAUAAAAUGUGUUCUCGCUACCAAGAAAUAGGUUAAGAUAACCUUUGCAUUUUAUAUUUCAGGGCAUUGAAAAUAGAAACAUAUGCUAUAUUGAUAAUCAGUUCUAAUAGUGGUUAUAAAGAGAGCCUUAAUAAUAAAACCCAGUGUCAGAGAUUCAAAGUUGAUACUAAUAUAAGAUUUUUUUGGGGGGGGGGGGGGGUCAGUGUUCUGUGAAGUACUUUAAGCCAUAUUCUGAAGCUUACUAUGCUGUGCUAUGCUAAUCAUUCUUCUUUGUCAUGGGUAGCUUGUCAUAUAGUAGCUGUAUUCUUGGCAAUUUUAUGUCAACAAAGAAUAUUUUUAUAUAUAUCUAAAGGAAAUGUCUAGUGUCGAUAGGCAGCAGUGUCUUGUGCCAGUGAAAAUAUAUUUCAUGUCUUGUGCGCAGUAAUCUGUGUGCUCCACAGUAUUUAGUAUCAUAAAUGAUAAUUGGUGUUCUGCUUAGAGUAUUUAAUGAUGCUAGAACAUUGUGGGCCAUCUUGCCGAGAGCAUUAACAUCUAUCAGUUUUUCGAGUUGCAGUUAUUAUGGAAUUUGUGAAUAAAAAUAAGUUCUUGCAUUUGGAAGAUUGUUCUAAAUUAAAAGUUGAGGGAGUUUGGCCAUAGCUAAGAUAGUAACCCACAACUACAGAAAUACAAUCUUAAAUUAUAUACACAAUGAAAUCUAAAUGGUUUUGAAUUAACAUCUUGUACCUUUUUGCAGAAUAGAAAACAAAAUUAAAACACUAAAAGGGAUAACAUGCUUUGCCUAAGCUGAGUGCAUAUCUCCAUUCUCUUCAUUUGUGAACUACCAUCCUUUUCAUACUACCUUUUCCUGCUCAAGGUAGGAUUUUGGAAUAACCCUCAUAGCAUUAACUGGGAUAUGUACUCACUGAAAAGGUCUUCAUAUUUCAGAGAGUUUUCUUGAUCUCAUAGGUUCUUUUAUAUGUCGUAGCUGUGAGGUGCGUGGAGAGUUUUGGCACAGGCAAAGUAUUUCCUUUUCCCUUAAUGGAGGAGGCAACUUCAAUGCUUCCUUUGUUUUGCACAUUCCUAGCAGGUCACCUGUAAUUGAAGUGAAUAUGAAAGCCCACAUAUUGUGAAACUUGGUGCACAUGUUAAAGCACCCACUGAACUGUAUGGAGUUAGGUGUUUUUCAGUAUCUGACGCAAAGUAUGAUCAGAUUAAUUCAUUAUUUCUUGGAAGGAAAAAUAUUAUCCACUGUUUGAGGUAAGCAGGAAAGAUGAUUACUCCACAGUUACAAUCUUGAGUAGAGUGAAUGUUGACAAGUUGGCUCUUCUCCCAAGAGCAGUUCCUUUAAAACAUUGCUGCUUCUGUGUGCUUAUGAAAAUGCUCCUUUUAAAUGUGUUACGUGGAUAAACUAUGUACAAUUUUACCUGAUAAAGAAUUUAAAUUGUAUACGUUUUAUAGCAAAGCAUUUUCAUUCUCCGUAUUUUUGGAUAUUAGUGGUUCCUGUAGCAUAGAUUCAAAUGACAUUCAAGACAAUAUUAAAUGUUAUACAUUUUAACUAGUUUUGCAAAACUAUGAAAUUGUACAUAAUUGUAUUUAACAUGAAGGUUGUAUUUUUGAACUGAAAUUAUUUUUGUUCUACUGUACAGGAAAAAGUGUAUUUUUGCUUAUCCCAUACAUGGUGUACCAUUCCACAUGAAAUGCUUAAAUUGUAAGAAGGGACAAUUCUUAAUUGUUCUAAUGUUUUGCAGAUUAUAGCCUGUUCUUGUGCAUGCUUACCGGUGAAUAUGUCUCCCUGGAUUCAAGGGUACCUUCUUGCUAACAAGUGUGCACAGGGUUAUAGCUUUAGUUUGUAAUGGCAGAACUGAAUAAGGGUUUAAUAGGAAUGUGAGUACAAAAUGCUGCACAAGUUUUGAAAGAGAAAUAUAUGUCAGUAUCAAAUACUAAUAUAGGAGUAGAGAAGGGCACAACCACUAUAUGUUUUGAGCCUAAACUAUUUUAAAUUGGUUUAUAUUAUCACCCUUCUAAAAUUGCAGCUAGUACAAGCUAACUUCUUUCUACCUGUCCGUGUUCACUAUUUUAUUUUAUAUAGUUUACACUCUUUGCAAUAACCGUCCCUGCUGAGUGCCUUCUGCUUAAGUUUUGGUACCAUUUAAAUGACCUCACAUAGCAUCUCCCAUAUGGCAUAUUACAGUGCUUUAAGGGGAGAAUUUGAGUAUAUCAGUGUCCUGUUACUGUUGUUAGGGCACAUUACUCCAGUAUUUUAUACUCUGCCUGUUUUAAAACUAGCUGUUGAGCGAUGAGCUCGUUUCCAUUGUUAGAGAAUUGUGAAGAGUAUCUAUAUAUCUGGGAGUGAAUCUACUGCAUAUCCAGAAAUGAAAUACUCUGCAAGCCAGAUGUGACCCUUAAGAGGUGUUGUCUGACUUUUCAUUUACUAAGCAAGACACCAAAAAAAGACAAGGAACCAUGGCAUGUGUAGCAAUACCACUUGGGAGCAGGUUAUUUGAUAACAUUCAAAAUGGGUCCUUUUCGCAUCCAUUAUAGACCCCUUUUCAAGUAGCCUUCCCUAAAAUGUGUUGCUGAUCAGGAACAUGCAGCCUUUUCUUCAAAAGCUGGGAACUUAAAACACAGUCAUAUACAGCCAUGUAACUUGUUGGUGCUCAACAGGAAUUAGUGAAUUCAAGUUUCUUGUAUUUGAAAAAGAAGCUCUCUUAUGUGCCUAUGAACCAGCCCCUACGUUUUCUGAAACUAGCUGCGAGACAGUCCCUUUAAAGGGAACAUUUAUAUCAGAAAUGUGUGGAAAGCAAUCUGAAUAUUCAGGAAUAGGGCCAGGGAAAGUUAAAUUAGACAGCAGUUAAGUUUAUAAUAGUUCACACUGAACCAAAUACAAUUCCCUCGAAGUGUAAUUCUUGUAGAUCAUGUCCACCCCAAAGCCUCACAAUCACUUUCGUUUUGCUUGUUUUAUACUAGUUUUAUACUAGUUUUUCAUACUGAAAAACCAUUGAAUUGGAAUUUAGAAUAGUGAACCAUUCAACUGUGAAUUAUUAUUCCAUUACACGUCCAUAGGCUCAAUACUGCACAUUUUUAAUUUUGAAUGGCAGUUCUGUUAACUAAAAUGUUAAUGCAUCUUACAGCUUUCAUACAGUGAAUAUUUGUACUAAUCCUGGUUUGACAGCAAUUGUCAAAAGUUUGUAAUACAGGAUUUGGAAGAUGAUUACUUUCCCUUAGUUUUUUAGGAGUUCCUUCUGUAUAUUUAGAAGUUGUUAUUGUUCUGGCAAUUAGUUUUAAAAUCCAGCAACAGGAAAGCAUAAGCAAGAGUGGUAUUGGGAACAAAUGUACAUCUGCACACAUCGGGUACAAAUGCUUUUAAAACAUGUAUAAAUAUUGGCACUGGAUAUACGAUAUCUCAACUGACUUAACUGACUUUGAAAAUGUCCAAAUAUGAUGAUAUUGCACAUCUGAAUAUGAAUGAAACCAGAGUGCACAUAAGCACUUUAAUACUCUGGGAAUUAUACUGGAAAAUAUGUGGAAGCAUGUGAAAUUGCACCUAAAGCUGUGUUAAAUGGUGGGUGGGAGGGAGGGAGGGUGUAAUUUUACAGCUUAACUGUAUUGUAUCUGAAUGAAUGUACUUCGUGUGGUCUCCCUUUUCUGACUCAAGUGGUUUGAAUUGUGCAGCUCCAUGUCCUUUGUUGGUUUUUGUGUUUGUAAAUGAGACUUUGAGGGGGGUUAUUGUUGGACUGCAGAGGUAUGUUGGUUCUUUUAUAGUGAAAACAAAUUAUUAUGCUAUAUACCAAUUCUUUUGUAAUUUAUGUGAUAUUUAGGUAAUUCUAAUCGCUGUAUAUCUGGCUGAUUAUUAAAUUUUCGCUAAAUUA